AUGGAGUCUACCCGUCCCUCCGUGGUGUUUCUGCAUGGCUUUGGCGGUCCGAGCAAGGUGGAGCAAGCCUUUCUUGAACGGUUGAGAGAGAACUUCGAGGCGGUGGGCGUCACCCUCCGAGCCCCGACCUACCAUCCAGGCGGCCACGUGGCAGCCACCUCGCUCCCGUCCUUCCUGGAGGAACUGGCUGCAGAGCUGGAGCAGCACACGCAGCACGCGCACGCUCAGAGUGUCCUGGUGGGCUUCUCUGUUGGGGGUUACCUGGUGGCCAACUUUCAGGAGCGGUGGCCCCAUUUGGUGAAGAAGGCUGUGCUCUUGGCGCCUGCAAUCGACAACUUUGACAGGAACUUCAAGGACAAGCUUCCUGAGAAGUGGCACAUGCCCGUGGCCUAUGUGAAGGAGCUGCAGGGGAUGUCGGCCAGGCCAGCCAUCAAGGUUCCCACCAUGCUUGUGCACGGGGAGCUUGAGACGGACCAAGGGGGGCUCGGCCUUGUGGCGCAUGAAGGAGUGGGAGGCGGCCGAGGACUUCACAGUUUGCCACUACCCCAAAGGUCUAGGGCACUCGCUGGAGAUCGUGGAGGAGGGGCCGGGCUUCAACGGCUUGGUCUCCUGGAUCCUCGCGGAGUGAGCCAAGGUGUAGCUUGA